CCAGAUGUGUCUCCCACUCCUGGCAGAGAAACUUCUCAACGAGGCCUGGAAAAGUAGAACCACCAUACGAUUCCUCGGUUGAGAAUCCAGUCCGAUCGGUUUGAAUCUCCCUUUUGAUCAGUGGGACCAAACCUCUGGCUGCUGGAUAAAUUGCGAAAAUAGAGAAGCUUGCUUCGAAAAAUUUGUGUUUCCCUCUUAGAACUUCCGCUCUUUAAAUCGGAUUCAUCUUCUUUUCCAAGCUUCGUGCUGUUUUCAGAUUGUUCAGAUUGCAGAUUCAACAGCUCAUUUUUUCAACACGGAGGUCCAACCUCAGCUGCAGUCUAGAAUUCAGAUUCUGAGCUCUUGACUGAGCAAAGGCCAAGUGCACCAUGGCGAAUAAAUCGAAAACAUCGCCAACAUUUGGCCACUCUUCGAAUUCCAUCGUGCAGAUUGCAAUUUUGGUCGGGUUCUUAUGUUCCUUGCCAGUAAUCCAGGGUCAAGAUGUUCAUUCUCAAUGCGGAAAUCUCACUGCAUCCCCUCCAUUGACGCCAUUCGUGGUACCACUGACGCUUCCUCCGGUCAUCGAUAUCUCCACUGGCGUUCCCAUCACUCUGGGCACAUAUAAAAUCUCUCAGAGUGUACAUCCCGACCUGCCGAACACGACGUUUUACGCCUAUGGGACGAGUCAAGAGACGGCCACGUACCCAGGGCCAACGCUGGAGGCGAAGCAGAAUGUGGUCUCGUUCGUGCGCUUCGAGAAUCACAUCACGGACCCGGAGCAUAUCUUCGUCGUGGAUCGGACCCUGCACCACGCCAAUCCACCCAACGGAGGAGUUCCGAUCAUCACACAUCUGCACGGAGGCGAUGCUGAGAGCAAGUACGACGGGCACCCGGAUGCUUGGUACACGGCCGCCGGCGACACGGGACCUAAAUUCGUCACGAGGGACAAUGUGUACCCGAACGAGCAGCCCGCGAGCCUGCUAUGGUACCACGAUCACACCGUCGGCAUGACGAGAUUGAACGUGGCGGCUGGCCUGGCGGGACUCUACAUCAUCAGAAGCGAGUCGGAGGAUCCUCCCUUCCUGCCAUCGGGAGAAUUCGAGAUCCCUCUCGUCGUCCAGGACAGACAAUUCUUCCCCAAUGGGUCCAUCAAUUUCCCCGACAUCGGGCUUCCCCCCUUCGCUCAUCCGCAAUGGUGCCCCGAUUACACGGGCGACGUGAUUCUGGUCAAUGGCAAAGCAUGGCCCUACCUCGAUGUGCAGCAGCGAGUCUAUCGACUGCGCAUUCUGAACGGAGCGAAUUCUCGAUUCUUCACUCUCUUCUUCAGCGACUCGAGGCUGCAGUUUCUGCAGAUCGGCACCGACGGUGGCUACCUCUGGACGCCCAUUCUGCUCAGCAACAUCACCAUCGCCCCAGCGUACCGAGUGGACGUGCUCGUGGAUUUCAGGGCUGUUCCGAUCGGGUCCAGCUUCUUCCUCAACAAUUCGCAUGCGGAUACGAUUCUGACCAACACGACCACCCCGACCACGAACUAUGUCAUGAAAUUCAACGUCGUCCGAAGCUCAGGCCGCAAGUCUGCGCAGCAGAAUGUCGUGGUCCCCUCAUCCUUCGGCCCCGUUCCCAAUAUCUCCGGCUGGGCCAGCACCGCUACGUUGUACCGCAAUGUGAGCUUGGUCGCGACGCUGCCGCCAGUGUUCAACCUUUCGUUUCUGCUCAACAACGCGCACUGGACCGAUGCUCCCACCGAGACCCCGCAGCUGUACACGAUCGAGAUCUGGGACAUCACUCACCUCAUCCCCAAUGGCGUGCAUCCCAUCCACAUUCAUCUGGUCAACUUCCUCGUCAUGCAUACCCAGGCAUUCAACUACACCCGACUGAAUGCUAGCGAGUGUUCUCUUCAGCUUCCAUACCCGGAUGCCGGCAGCUGCUUCACCCAAGCCCCGCAGCCCCCGAAUCCUUCAGAGAUUGGAUGGAAGGACACGAUUAUAGUGAAUCAUGGUACCGUAGUUCGACUGCUCGUUCCGUUUUUUCCCAGGUCAGGCCAAUUGUACAGCUUCGAUCCGACGACGUUCCCCGGAUAUGUGUGGCAUUGUCAUAUUCUGGAUCACGAGGAUAAUGACAUGAUGAGGCCGCUCGCCAUCCAGCCUCCUCCACACGCGUAGGUCAGAAAAUUCAUCAUGAUCAAUUGGUGAUCAUCAUUCUUAGCACGGAGAAGAGAAUCUGCCUUCAACAUCCGAAAUUUUCUGGCUUCAUCGUCCUGCUGCCAGUUCGUGGAUGUUGCACUUUAUUACUGGAUCAUACUCGUUGCAGAGAGUCUGAAAAUUCUCCCCGACCUGCAGCAGAUCAGAAGCUGCAAGUUCCUUAUAAGCUGAAUAAGCUGAAUCUCCUAAUUGAUACUACUGCAACCUCCUGUAGUCUUCGUUAGGUGAAUCUUAGGAAUUCUUGAACGCCAUGUCCAUAUGUUGUUACGUACACAGUGAUAGUCAUCUGAGCCUCAGCCGAGUCCUGCUGGAAUCCGGUUCCGAAGAAUUCGGUAAAUCAGGUCUAGCAGCGGCUGCGCUGUCGACUGAAAGGAAUAAUCAUGUGAUCAACUCGUUAUUUGUCCUGUGAGGCAUAUUUCAGGAUCGAGAAGUAGCAGCGACCUGUCUCCAGGGUUCAAUUUUCCAAAUAAUCUGAUGUAGAAAAAUCUAGCUUAGAUGAACAUUGGUUCGGAAACAGUCCUGUCAUUCACUGCAGUUGCGAAACUGUAUAUAUUCAAAUAAAACAUGAUUUC